UUUCUUUUUUCAUUUUACCUUAUCAUUGAUAGUUGUUAUGACAAAAAAAGUCCUUUUCAUUGGAAUUUAUUAAAAAUGUUUUGUUAUACAAACCGACACAUAUAUAUAGUUCCUAUUUGAUUAUUAAUUGAUUUAGUGUACAUGAUGCCAUUUGAUUUAUAAAUGCGCUUUUGUGGAUCACCAUUAAACUACUGGGGUGUUAAAUAUUUACGGUUAUUUUGUACAAUCGAACUGAAUUCGGAGAAUCUAGUUAUGGAGAACAUAACGUCUCCAGACACACGUUCAGUGGAAACGGAACAAAGGGCGGAAGGACUCAACCAUGAAAGCGACAAUCAAGGUUUUUCCUCAUCGAACGCUUCUAUCGCUGCGCUGAGUCACAUGGAAGAGAAAAUGCGAAGGAAACUACAGUUUUUCUUCAUGAACCCGAUCGAGAAGUGGAAGGCUAAACGAAAAUUCCCUUAUAAAUUUGUCGUACAAGUAAUCAAAAUAGUGUUAGUUACAUUCCAACUAUGUUUAUUCGCCCACAACAGGUACAAUCAUGUUAAUUACACAUGGGAUAAUCGGAUCAGUUUUUCUCACCUAUUUCUACUCGGUUGGGACUCGACGCGAGAGAUUAAUGCCUAUCCUCCCGGCGCAGGUCCUUUAGCUAUUUACAAACAAGAUGAAUUCUACAAUACCUUGGACUAUGCUAUGGCUGGAUAUUCUAAUUUGAGUAAUGCAAUAGGUGCUUAUUCAUACAACAAUGAAAAAAAUAUGAAAGUAGACCCUGUUUUCUGUCAAUACAACUACAAAGAAGGUAUAAUUAAUGGUUUCAACGAGAGCUAUGUGUUCAAUUCUGAAAUUGUGGAGACAUGUGUCAAUUUCACCAGUAAUGGUAAUGAAACAUUUUCAUCCCAGUCAUUCCUAUCAAAUUCAGGUAUCAAUAUUAAUUUUGCAGCUUUAGUUAGAGCAAAACUUAUAUUUUCUAUAAACACUAUAAAUUUUAGGGCAGCAGGUCCGAUAACACCUCCCGAUUGCUACAGGUUCGAAGUCCAGAUAGUGUUUGACAAUGAGGACCAUGAUGGUCAAAUGUCGCUGGUUCUGGAAGCUGAUCCGUACAAGGUGAUCUGUAAAGGUGACACAGAUUAUGUCACAGAUAACAAAAUUGAUCAAGUUCUGAGAAGUAUACUCAACAUACUCGUGAUAAUGAUAUGUGCUGCAUCAUUCAUUCUAUGCAGCAGAGCUAUAUACAGAGCUCAGUUACUGAAAGAGCUAACAGUCCAGUUCUUCAGUCACACCUACAACAAAGAACUAAGUUUGGAUGGUCGGCUAGAGUUCCUCAAUGUAUGGUACAUUAUGAUCAUAAUCAACGACAUGUUGAUCAUAAUGGGAUCGGCCAUUAAGGAACAGAUUGAAAGGAACCAAUUCACAAAUGAUCAAUGGAAUGUUUGCUCCCUAUUCUUAGGAACUGGCAACCUUCUAGUCUGGUUUGGUGUUUUGAGAUACUUGGGUUUCUUCAAAACGUACAAUGUUGUCAUACUCACAUUGAAAAAAGCAGCUCCUAAAAUAUUCCGUUUUUUGAUUUGUGCUCUAUUGUUAUAUGCUGGGUUCACGUUUUGUGGCUGGCUUAUAUUAGGUCCUUAUCAUAUGAAGUUCAGAUCUCUUGCCACCACCUCCGAAUGUUUGUUCUCUCUCAUAAACGGCGACGAUAUGUUUGCAACAUUCUCUAUAAUGUCAAAAAAAUCACCAAUGCUCUGGUGGUUCAGUCGUGUAUAUUUAUACUCAUUUAUAAGCUUGUACAUUUAUGUUGUCCUCAGUUUGUUUAUAUCAGUUAUUAUGGAUGCUUAUGAUACAAUUAAGCAGUAUUAUAUUGAUGGAUUCCCUAAAAGUGAUUUACAGCAAUUCAUCGGUGAAACCAGUGUUGAGGAGGUGUCCUCUGGCCUCUACAGAACCCAGAGUUCGUCAUCGUUGAAUGCGGUUAUGAACUCUUUGUUCUGUUGCAAUUUUUACCGCAGUGCCUACUCUAAAAUAGGAGGUGGAACAUCUACUCAGAAUUUGGUGUGAGCUCUACAUUACCUAUUAGUUUUUUUUUAAUAGAAAUAUAGAUGCUACUGUUGUCCACAAAUGAUAAAAUUAAUUGCUCUUAUCUAUAAAGUGUUUACCUCUGCAUAAUUGUAUGAAGUUUGUCUUUAUAAUGUUAUUUGGGUUGGUUAUUGUUAUCAUUGUUGAUAAAUAGUUCAGUGCAUAUGCGUAUUACAUAUUUAUUUGUAUAUGUAUAUAUAAAAAAAAUAUGUAAUAUUAAAAUUUGUCUAUGUUGAUCUAACCUGGCUUUUUUGUAUCUGGCAUAAAUAAACAAUAUUAUUUGAAAUUAGGUAUUUGAAAUAGACAAACUAGUCAUACUAAACAAUGUUUUAUUUCUUAUUUAUUGUUAUUUUUUUAUGCACUGUUUGUAUCAGAUACUAUACUGAGAUGUUUAACAAAUAUUCCAACUAUAAGAAAUAGAUUAUUUGCUGUAAUAAUUAUUAAGAAAAAUCUGUUCAAUGUUAUCACAAUAUAUCGCCUUACUUUAACACCUUAUUGCUCUUUUAGUCCAUGUACCUAUCGUUUUUUUUUUUUUAUAAUUAUCGGCCCGUCCCGGGUGUCGCAGGGGUGGACAUUUUUACAACAAUUUAAAAAGUGGCUAUUGUGACAUAACGAUAAUAGUUGGACAUAUAGUAUCGCGAAGUUUUUUUGUAGUUAUUGAUAUUUUCUUCAAUAUUGUAGACAUACUUUUGUUCUAUCAGCAAUAGUUUCCGCAGCGCACGCGACUAAAGAUAUUUUAUAGUAUUUUUUUACACCUUGAGUUACGUUACUAAAAUUUUAAUAAGGAUCCCUAAUCUUUUCUAGCAAUAAAUAUAGCCUAUGUUACUCAGGGUGAAUGUAGCUUUCUAAUGGUGAAAACAUUUUUGAAAUCGGCAAUGUAGUUUUUGAGUUUACUCAUUACAAACAUACAUACACACAAAAAUACAAAUGUUUCCUCUUUACAAUAUUAGUGUAGAUGUAGAUUAGAUUUCUGUACAAUAAAUAGAUUUGUGUAUUCAUUUGUGAUAUAACAUUGUAACUGUAAAUGUUGUGAAAGAAAUUAGCUUGUAUAUAUAUAUAUAUAUAUAUAUAUAUAUAUUGUAAAUAUAGAGUUGGAAUUUCAAAGAUUGUUCAUUUAGAUAUUUGAAGUAAUGUGUAUAUAAGGUAAAUUGUUGUACAUAGGUACUUAUUCAUUUGUAAAUCUAGUUUCAAUUUAAUUUGAUUAUAAGUUAUUGUGUUUACAUAUUUUAAACCUGUACAGAUUUUAUCAAUCUCAUAGUUUCGCCUAUUUCUUUAAUAUCUAGAGUUGCUAUUUUUUUUUUAAUAUAUUUAGUCUUAUUUAAAAAAAAAUGUAAUUUUUAUGACAAUGGUGGAUAUGAAAUUUCUUUAUUCUAAUUAAAAGCAGAUAAAGUGCUAAAAUAAUUUGUACUUAUCUUCCUUGCUCAGGUAAUUAAAAAUAUUAUUUACAAAUAGAUUUUAGAUGCAAAAAUAGUAUUUUAGUGUGUAUUCUAUAAAGUUUUACGUCAGUACAGUACUUUAUUGAAAUAUAUGUAGUAUUUAUUAUAAAACUAGAAGGCAUCUACGAUUGGCAACUCUAGAUUACAUUAGAUGUACCUACUUCCUCGUAAUAAUGAAUUUCCGCAAUAACCAAGUUUCUUAUUUAAAAAUAAGCAUGUUAGACAUUUUAAUUAACAUCUAAUUGUAUUUAUAAAACAAUAUUUCAAACAGUUAAAAAAAUGUAAUAUUCUAUGUGAUUUAUUCCACAAAUUAUAAAAAAAAAAUACUGUGUAUAGAUUGUCUACGAUAACAUGGCACGCCUCUCCAAAAUCUAGACUAAAAUAUGUGUGUACAAUUAUUUAUAAGGUUUCGACUAAAAAAUACAAUACUCUCUGGUCGGACCGCCACUGAAGACGUUUCCUCACAAACACAAAUAGAGCACCACGUUUGUAUAUGGGCGCACACAUUGAAAUAAGUUGGACGGACGUGUCCUGGUAUCAUAGACAAGCUAUAUAUUUUACUAUAGUAUUAUAAUUUUAGGCUAUGGUGGCCCUUAUUACUAGCAAUUCAGUGUAAACACCAGUGAUUCAACGCCUUUGGCAUGUCUUAAAGAUUACAUGUCAGUUAAGUUUCUCCUUAUACUGUGCUAUCAGGCUAACCGUAUGCCACCCUAUAUGUAUAAAACGAGCGAUGUAAAGUUAAUACUUGUCUUGAAAGCAAGGUGCAAUAUCCUGUACAACAUACAAUAAAUUUAUUUUUAUAUUGUUAUUUGUUUUGUUUCGUAAUAAAUUACCAUUACAUACAAUUGUUGCCAGAGGAAGACUGUACAGCAAGCAGUCUGGGUGCCCUUAACCACUCAUCUUGGGGGGAAAGAGAUUGUUAGUAAUGAAGAUUUGAUAAACCCCAUUGCUAGCAAUACGCCUUAUCAGGUCGACCUCCACGCGUUUCCCCUAGAAACCUAGAAACGCAGGCGGGGUUACCAUUCCGUUUUCAUGCACCAAAAAAAGAAACUGGAACACAGAUAUGGAAAGACAACUGCUUCACGGUAGAAAAACGAGUGGUUUUUUUAAAAGGAUGGUGACGAAAUGGUAACCCCGCCUGCGCUGUGAUAUAUUCUGACGGGGCAUCAGUGAGAUAUGCCAGGUGACGAUGAAAAGGCAGGUCAAUUAGCCCGUAGUGAUAAAUACAUAUGUAAUUCAGCACUAUGGUUUCCAGGUGGGACAACUGGAAGUCGACCUGACAGGGUGUAUUGUUAACAAUGAGGUAGUUAAAUCCCAUUACGGACAAUCCCUUUCCCCCUUCCGUUUGUGGUAGGCCUUGAUGGUCCCAUUUAAAUUUUUUAACAAUUACAGCUGCCGUUACUGAUUUUUUUAUGGGACUUAGAAUGGGAAACAAAGUGACGGCCCACCUAAUGGAAAGUGGUAACCGUCGCCUAUAGACAUGAGCAGUACCAUGGACACAACAGAGUAUACUGUUUCGUCCAUGAUACCCCCCAUGCGUUGCCAUUCCUGAGGACUCAGGUGUUAUUCCUCUGUACUGUGUAAUUUUUUAUACACUCAACAUACGGUAGAUUAACGUACCUAACGUGACAUGAUAUUGGUGUCAAUAUUUGAUAUCAAACAUAAGGCCAACGUAUCAUAAUGCACCACGUGCAGUAAUACGAUACAUUUGGCAUUGGAAUAUUUGAGUUCAAUGUAACCACAAUGCAAUAAUAGAUCGCCCACUUCACUUUUUAAUUAUUAUUUACCUAAUUCAAAACUAUAUUGAAAAUUUAUGUUUUCUAGUCUAUGGAUUACGUGGGUGUCCUAGUGUAUUUUGUGAUGGACAUGGUGCAGUUUUUGGACGAAAGAGGGGCAGUUAUUAGUUACGAGAACUAACGGCCUCAUUGCUUUUUGACGGAUGAAAAUAGGUUAAGCACGCAUGUGCUAUCGGUAUAUGCUGGCGGGGCACCAGGGCGGUGACAGGUAAGGACGAAAGCAGGUCAGAUGGCUCGUCGUGAUCAUGUCCUGACGAAUUCAAAUGUCCCAUCGAUAUUGAUGAAUGUUGUGUCAGUCGAUACAUUAUAAUCAUAUUUUAUCCUUAAUUGGGUUCUAAACUUUUCCCCAUUAGAUAUAAUGGAUAGAUAAUUAUUUUUUCUAGUAACAAUGGCGAAAAUAUUUUAUAAAUAGUAAUGGAAAGUAGUAGCUCGAAAAAUCGACAACCAAUGUGAAAGAAAUGUUCUUGAGUGACGACCCCGUACGGGAAAAUGCAGUGUAGGACGUUCCCAGACUAAAUAGAGUGUUGAUCUCAAAUACAUUGUAGGGAGUCAGUGAAUGCAGGUGGCCCAGACCGUUCCUUAUGGCAAUCUAUGAGGGAGGUUUAUGUCCAGCAGUGGACGGGUAAUGCCUGAAAUGAUGAUGAUGAAUGGAAAGUAAUACCGCCUACGCUAUUGGUAUGCGUUAACAGAGUAUUAGUGAAGGAUAUCAGUGAUUGGUGAAGAUGAAGCCAGAUCAGCAGGUCCACUUACGAAUCUAAUAUUAAUAUGAAUCCAAUCCAUUGCCAAUGACAAUUUUGUAUUGUACGCAUGAAACAAAAAUUCGGUGUAUCUAUCAGAACAAUAUGAAACCAUUCACUGCUAUUGCAAUUCGGGGGGAAAAAGAUUGUUAGCAAUGGAGUUUGACAGCCCCAUUGCUAGCAAUAUACCUUAUUAGGUCGCCCUCCACGUGGUUCCCCCUGAAAAACCAUCGUGAACAAUUCUUAUUAAAUUUGUCACGAUGGGCUAACUGACCAACUUCAUCCUCACCUAUCAUUCUUCACUGGUGCCCCGCCGGUGUAUAUCGAUAGCGCGGGUGGGGUUACCAUUCCAUUAUCAUCCAUUAAAAAAAAAACUUGCAAUUCGAAAAUGCGGUGCGUCUCAAUUCCUAUCUAUAGUGAUUGAUAAAUAAGCCAGGAAUUAACCAAAAUGGUUUCCAGAGAGCACCGCGUGGAGAUCUAGUUUCCAUUCAUUACCACAUUGGCACUCUUCUUAGGGAAUCUUUCAUAUGAGAUACAAAAUAAAAAAAACAAAAUGAUAUAAAAUUUUACAUUUAUUUAUUAAAUAUAACAUUAAUCUAUAGUAACAAAUGUACAAAUUUAACAGAUUUCAUCGCGUAAGUUUAAACGGAUGAUUCGUGUCCAGUCAGUACCAUCUUUCUACAUAAUUUUCGAUCUACUGUUUAUACAUUAAAACUUUAUUUGACAAUAUUCUGAAAUAUCUAUAAUUAUGUUCCGCGCGUUGUAUAUUCAGAUUUUCUUUUAUUUUUUUUUUUUUACUUGUUAUUUUUUAUGCAACUUAGAAUGGUAAAUAAGCUGACGCCGUGGGACUGAAUGGGACAGAGGUGCCCAAGCAAACGACUUAUGUACAAUACUCCCCUGGUAUUAUUAUUAUUUAUUUAAUAUUCAUAAUUGAUACGUUUACAAAACAUUAAAUCCGUAUGCAAUAUAUUUUUUUUAUUUCUAUAAUAUAGUUUCUAUAUUUCUAGGUGGAUUGACUUUUAUCAUGCUAUAACGCCAAUGAGUAAAGUAAACCUAGGGUUGUAACGCGCACUCAUAUAGGUAUACCAGUUGAUCCGACAAAUGUCUUUUUGCCCCAUAACGCCAGCGUUCGGGUCCAAUUUUUGUUAUUGGGAUAAAUACACGAAACAUAGGACUAUCACUCAAGUAGUAGCAAGCAAUACACAUUUAUCAAAUCUCAUUAAAUUCGAUUAAACAAUUUCGGAGAUCAGCGUAAACGAACAUAGUGACACGUGCUUUAUUAUAUUACAGUUUUUCAAGAACAGAAUUUUAAAGUUAAUGAGAGCAUAGAAUUAAACUUUAGCGGGGGAACAAUGUUAAGUUUUUAUUGGAUAUUCAUUUGUUUUUACCAUAUCUUCCAUAGAUCUAGAACUAGCCUUGUGUUGCCACGAUAUGGUAUCUCUUAUUUUUGGCACACAAUGAUACCAUUUUCCUGAUGUUCACAUUGAGACAUCUUGUGAUAUGAGAAAUAUAGAACAUCAGCAGGUACCGGCAUAGAAUAGGCCACCCCUUCCUUUCUCGUGGCUGUUGUAAGAGGCGAUUAAGGGAGCUUAUGGUGGAGGGAUGGGCAGCAGUGUUCCUUUUAAAACGUCACCAAAACUCAAAUUGCGGUUGCCAACCCGCUCGCCAAACGUGGCAACUACUAGCAAAACCCCUCUUAUGGGGUAGGCUAUGUUUAGCAGUAGACAAUUAAUGGCUGAUACAACAAAUACAGAACACCCAACCGGGAACUAACUUUCAGAGUUCAUUUCUUUCUAACACGACCCCAAAUGUUCUUUCUAUAAAAAACCCGGGAUCUUAACCCUUCUUUGCAUGAUAUUUUUUAUUGGUGAAAUAAAUCACGGUGAUAUAAUUCAUGUUCAAAAUUAAAAGAAAAAUGGUUAA